AUGACAGCCUCUGCGCAAGAUUUCAAGGCGGUGGUGUACACCGGCAAGACAACCCCUUUGGUGAAGACUACGACAGUGGCCAAGGCCGCAGAAUCGUUGCAGGUGGGGAAGAACGAGCUUCUUGUCGAGGUGCAUGCGUGUGCGUGUAACCCAACAGACUACAAGCAUUUCCUGGUGGGAUGGGGGACGGCGGGCUGCACUGUGGGCUCCGAGUUGGCCGGAACGGUGCUCAAAGUCGGGGAGGGUGACGGCGGUGCGUCGGCCAGAUUCAGCGUCGGGGACUCGGUGGCGUCCUUUGUCCACGGAGGGUACACGCACAACGCAGACGGCGGUGCGUUCCAGGAGUACGUGGUGGUUCCGCAGGCGACUACGCUCAACUUGGGCCGGAAGUUGCACGGCGUCCCUGCGGCACCGGCACCGGCUUCUGCUGAGGGCGAGCAAGACGUGCCUGCCGGUUCGGCUUUCGACACCUUUGAGGCUGCCACAUCCUUGCCCCUCGGACUCACCACGGUCGGACUAAGUCUCCACCACUACUUCCAAUUGGGCGGCACGGACUCGGCGAAAAAUAACUCCCAACAGUGGCUUCUCGUCUGGGGUGGUACCACUGCCACAGGGUAUCUUGCCGUGCAGAUCGCCAAGCGGGUGUACGGCCUCAAGGUGGUUGCGACCGCCAAUAAGGCCAAGUACGGCAAGGUCCUCGAGGGCUUGGGAGCGGACGCGGUGGUCGACUACAGGGACAGCGACUGCGUUGAGCAGAUCCGGUCUGUGGCAGCCGGCGCCGGCGGCAUUGCGUAUGCCUACGACUGCGUCAGCUCGGACGAGACCUUCAACAACUGCUACGCGUGUCUCCGGGAGAAGGCGCAGGGCAAGGCGCACCUCAACAACUUGCUUUUCAAGUCGCCGGACGCCAUCACCUCCAGGGGAGACAAGGACGUCUCCUUUUCCGGGACGCUUGCGUACCUCGCCAUUGGCAAGGACCAGGACUUGAACGGCCUGAUUGUGAAGACAAGCGAGGCCAUGGUGAAAGACCAUAACGAGUUUUGGGCUCUGGCUGAGAAGCUUGUCCAGGAGGGCAAGGUGGUCCAUCUGCCGCUCUCGCUCCUUCCGCACGGGUUGGAGUCUGCAGAAGAGGGGUUGAGCCGGCUCCAAGAGGGCCGUGUCAGCUGCCACAAGCUUGUCUUCAGCGUGCGCAACGACAAGGAGUGA